AUGUGGGUCAUACUGUUGUGGAGUUUUUGCGUAUGUCUUGCAAAAGCGUGGGACGCUCAAUUAGCUGUGGAGUACUAUACGAGGCGGGACAUCCGUUAUCUUUGUUUCCUGUCAUGUGACUCCUCUUACAAGGAAUUACUGCUAUUGCGGAAUUUUUUAAACAACAACGUAAAGAUUUCUUUGGCGAAAAUAGACAAGAAAGUACCAGAAAUAGAAAAACUUUUAAACCAGCGAACGACAUCGGUUGGCGUUUUAUUAGACGGCAAUUGUGAUAGGGCAUUUGAUGUACUCAAAGAGGCGUCGAUGCGGGGUUUGUUCGACGCGACGCAUAUUUGGCUCAUUCUCGACGACAGCAGCGCACAAAACAGCAUCGAUAGCCGGAUGCAACAAAUGAAUUUGAGCAUUGACGCCGAUGUCGUUACGGCCACAAACGCCGGGGACGUUUACGACUUAAUGGAGGUAUUCAACUUUGGCAGGAUACAAGGAAACAGUUUGGAGAGGAAACGCCUGGGGGAGUGGAGUGCACAAAGCGGACUAAACGUUUCCUUGGGCACAUUCAAAUAUUACGAUCGAUGGGACUUCCACAACUUGACUCUUCGAGUUGUCACUGUGGUGGUAGGCCAACCCGAAGGUUUUAAACCAGAAAUGCUAACUAGCAUGUCUUACACCAAGGGAUUAACGGUCUUUACGAAAAUAGCAGCCUUCGUAUUUGAGCCUUUGAAAGAAAUACAUAACUUCAGAUUCAAGUACACUGUGGCAGGAAAAUGGAUCGGCACGGCGGAGAAGAAUUCCACAUUGGCGGUGACGAACUCAUUAUACUGGCGGGAACAAGACUUAUCCUGUACAUCCGCCAGGAUAACUUCAACUUGGAUGCAAUGGGUGGACAUCGUUUACCCACCCAUCACUUAUUUAGAGUCAAGAUUCUUUUAUUUGAUCCCAAAUAAGGGCGUGGGUAUCUAUGAGAACCGCUUUCUAAGACCCCUGUCACCAGCAGUGUGGUGGUCCACUGUGGCGGCCGGUGCCCUCUGCGCUUUGGUGCUGGCUGUAGCCGGCAUCUUGGAACAUCGACCUGGACCCGGCGUUUAUGCUGUCUUUAGUGUAAUUGGAGCUGUCUGUCAACAAGCUUACGACGAAGGCACAGAUGAGCUGGAAAAGCGGAUUUCAAGUCAAGGCCGACGCAUUACACUUCUGGUGACAGCUAUAACUAGUAUGCUACUGUACAACUACUACACAAGUAGCGUAGUAUCCUGGCUGCUCAGCGAAGCACCACCCACGCUCUCCGAUAUAGAUGGCCUCAUCAACAGUGACUUUGAACUUAUUUUUGAAGAUAUUGGCUAUACACGAGGGUGGCUCGAGGACGUGGGAUUCUUUUACUACGGAGGAUAUAAAAACCCAAAGGAAGACGAACUCAGGGAGAAGAAAGUGAAGUACGCUAAACGUAGCAAGGGUUUGUUUCAAUCGGUCGAGGAUGGCGUUGAACUUAUAAGAACAGGGGAAUAUGCUUAUCACACGGAACCGUACACCGCCUACCAGAGAAUAUCACGAAAGUUCGACGAUACAGAGCUAUGCAGACUUGGCUCCUUGACCAUGAUUCAACCUGCUCCUGUAUACAUUAUGACACAGAGGAGAAGCCCUUAUAAGGAGUUCUUUAAUUGGAGGAAAGUUACAGGACACAUCCUCUGCUUUAACAAAGGAGUUACAAAUUGUAUACACCUCUGUUGUGAUAUAUUGAUUAUCACGUUGAAGACGAUUUCUUCCAGCUUAAUGCGGCUGAAAGAGAGAGGCCACUUCACCGCAAUUCAAACGCGUGUGGCCGGGUUCUUCGCAAGCUGUUCGGGUAGCACGCCUCGCGCCCUGGCCUUGGGGCAAGCUGCACCUGCUUUCGGACUCCUAGCUGCCUUUGCAGUGGUUGCCUUCAUCAUAUUAAUUCUGGAGAUAACGUGGCAUAGGUCAAAUUUUGUUUAG